CAAAGCAAUAAAGAAAGAUGGAAAAGAGAGGAAGCAAAGACAAAGGUUCUCAAGACUCCAUGAUUAUUCAAAUUCUCUCUAGCACAGGACUUGGGGUUCCCCCUACUUAAUCCUGAGUAAGAGGACCUCUCAAAGUUUCUACAAAGACUUGUUGGCCAGGGAGCUUCAAUAAGAAGCUAGAAAGGGGAAACUGAAGAAAGAUAAAGGAAGUUUUCUAGGGAUGAAUAGAGGUGUUUUGCAGAGCUCACCGGUGCAACAAAUGAUGGCCGGAAACCCUAACUGGUGGAAUAUCAAUAGCAUGCGCCCACCGACACAACCAUCUUCUCCUUUCUUGCCUAAUCCAAAUUGUUUCCCUCAAUAUGCACCCACUUCUUCUUCUUCUUCUUCACUUCCCAUUCAUUCUUGGCAUGAUAGCCAGGAGCUUCCAGAGUCUUGGAGCCAACUACUCCUGGGUGGAUUGGUGGACGAAGAUAAGCUUAGUAUGAGCCCGUUUCAGCCUAGGAGGUUAGAGAAUUGGGAGGACCCAUUACUAAGUCAAGCUCCAAACGCUUCUGCUGUUAAUGUCAAGCAAGAACACUCUGCAAGCAGCUAUGUAUAUGGACAUGGAAGUGAGGAGUUUCAAGCAGCAAAACCUACGUGGUCUCAAGUAAUGCCUACUUCAUCUCCAAAGUCUUGUGUGACAAGUUUCAGCAGUAACAUGUUGGAUUUCUCUAGCAACAAGACAGAUGGGAGGCACCCACCACCCGAUCGAUCUUCUGAGUGUAACAGCACUGCAACUGGUGGGGCACUUAAGAAAGCUAGGGUUCAACCUUCUUCAGCCCAAAGUACAUUCAAGGUGAGGAAGGAGAAGCUAGGUGACAGAAUUACAACUCUCCACCAGCUAGUAUCUCCAUUUGGGAAGACUGACACAGCCUCUGUGUUGUUAGAAGCUAUUGGGUACAUCAGAUUCCUUCAGAGUCAAAUUGAGGCCCUCAGCCUACCUUACUUGGGCAGUGGAUCAGGAAACAUGAGGCAGCAACAAGCAGUUCAAGGAGAGAGGAAUUGUAUAUUUCCAGAAGACCCUGGUCAGCUGCUGAAUGACAACUGUAUCAAGGCCGGGAAAGGAGCUCCUGAGCAGGAUUCUCAUGAAGAGGCAAAGAAAGACCUGAAGAGUCGAGGGUUAUGUCUGGUUCCAGUUUCAUGCACAUUGCAAGUCGGGAGCGACAAUGGAGCAGAUUAUUGGGCUCCGGCUCUCGGCGGGGGCUUCCGGUAGAUGGAUUUUUAAGCUGCUGGUAGCAUAUGCAGCACAGUAAUUAGAGGUUCACAGAAACGAUAUAACAUCAUGAGCAGUCACUCUGCUAAUAUCUAAGGCUGAUUGCUCAUGAUGCUAUACAAUCUUGAAUCUCUCACAAUGCAUUUGUGCUGUACAUGUUGGCUUGCUAGCUAGGAUUUGCGCGCAAGUUCUGAAUUAAGACUCGAAUUUAUGUCGAUUAAGCUUUAAUUAUCUAUCUUCAUCCUAAA